CGCGCUGCCCUACAAAGGCGGCGGAGCGGCGGGGCGGCCGCUCCUCACCGGCACCGGGGGCGGGCGCGGGGCCGCGCUCCGGCUCCAGGCGCGGCCAUGAGGCGGCUGUAGGGCCCCGGGACCCGCCGCCGCUCCGCUGCCUUCGGCCGCCGCGGGGGGCUCGGCGGCUCCGCCCGGGGUGGAUGCCGGCCGGGGCCGGCCGCUCCCGGCACCAUGCACACCGUGCAGAAGGACACCACCUUCACCAAGAUCUUCGUCGGGGGGCUGCCCUACCACACCACCGACUCCUCCCUCAGGAAGUACUUCGAGGUCUUCGGGGACAUCGAGGAGGCGGUGGUGAUCACGGACCGGCAGACCGGCAAAUCCCGGGGAUACGGCUUUGUGACCAUGGCAGACAGAGCUGCUGCUGAAAGGGCUUGUAAAGACCCAAACCCCAUCAUUGACGGCAGGAAAGCAAAUGUGAACCUGGCGUAUUUGGGAGCAAAACCAAGGAGUAUUCAAACUGGUUUCACCAUAGGUGUGCAGCAGCUACAUCCAGCCUUCAUUCAGAGACCCUUUGGACUGACGCCCCACUACGUGUACCCCCAGGCCAUCCUGCAGCCCAGCGUGGUGAUCCCCACGCCGGUGCAGUCCAUCACGUCUCCCUACAUCGACUACACGGCGGCCAGCCCGGCCUACUCGCAGUACGGCGCGGCCUACGAGCAGUACCCCUACGCGGCCUCGCCCGCCGGCUUCGUGGGCUACGGCUACCCGGGCGCGGUGCAGCCGCCGCUGGCCGCGGGCUCGGCCGCCCCCGCCGCCUUCCUGCAGUACCAGCCGCAGCAGCUGCAGCCCGACCGCAUGCAGUGAGCGCCGGCACGGCGCGGCCGCGGAAACACACGCAGCGGGCAAAAAAAUAAAUCACCCCCGUCCCGAUAUCCCCGUUGUGUAGGUGCAUAUCCAUGCCUGAGCUGUUUAUAGGGAGAACUCAGAUCCUGGUUGUGCUUAUGGAAGUGGACUUCUGGUAAGUUUUUUUUUUGGCGCUCCCUAAUUUUUUUUGUUUUUUUUUUCCUUCUACUGUCUUGAAGAUGUUCUGAAAGCGGCUGAAAACGUUUCACAGGGAAACUACAGAUUGUUGGUCUGCUUCUGUUACAGCCCGAGGUGUCUCUUUGUGCUUGAGAUCACCUCAGCAGGACAUGAAGGUGGUGUAGAAUUCACAUUUUCUGCCCCCCUCCUUCCUUCCUCAUCCAGCCUACAAUCCUCUUAUUUACUGGUGAGGUACAGAGGUACUCGGAGAACAUGGAAAAAAAAGCAAUCUUAUUUUUUGGUUGUACAAAAACUUUGUAAUACUCAGAGAUGCCUUACAGAAAAGAAAAAAAAAAAAAAAAAAGCGAAAGAAAAACUAUUUUUUAAUAUUUAUUGCGAUUUUAUUCGCAUGAGCUGUGAAUUGCAGACAGAAGAAUAGUAGUAAGUAUCUGCCUUGUUUAAUUCUCAUUUUACUAAAUUAUUGUAUGUAGGUAAAAGUUCUUAAGUAAUUGCUGAAUCACUUCAACAUGCAAAAGGGAAUAUUGGCUUGAAGGAGAGCAGAAUAUUCCUUUAGUCAACGCACUGUACUAUUUUCUUAUUGUAAUUGUUACUCUGUUAAGAUUAUCUCAAAUUUAGGUAUAUUUUUAAAUGCAAAAAACCAACCAAGAAUACUGAACAUUUUGUCUACUUUGGUAGAUCUUUUGUUACAAUGCUGCAACCUAUGGAGACAUUUACAGUAUUUAUGUAAAAGAGAUUUGGGGCUGUUGGCCAGCAAGGUUUAGGAGAAUAUCAUGAGUGGAGCAACAGAGAGGAAGGUGUUAUGUCACUGAACAAAUAGGUAAAUGUAACCUUUUUAUGCCUGUAAUCCAACAGCCAAAUAAAGGAAGAGAACAGGCCAUGUAAGUGCAUUUCUACAAAGACAGCAAUAAACUAUUUUAACUUUUAAAAUGA